AUGUUUGUAAAUCGGGUCAAAGUUGAAAGUACGGGUAAGUACGUAAAUCAGAAAAAAAACAACCAAGUUUUAAGACAAAGUAUCUGCGAUAAUUGUGUUUUUAACAAAGACAUUCCAUAUCUAUCUCCGAAAGUUAAAAUCUUCAUUUCUUCCUCGAAUGGUGCACAAUUUGGUAACGGAGAAAAAGAGAAUCCCGGUAAGAAGACAAAUUCAUCAAAGAAAGGAUCGAAAGAAGACUUCAUGUACUUGAUUUUGUAUUGUAAUUGUAACUUUUUUUGUGACUUAAUAAUUGUAACUUUAUUUGUGACUUAA